CGACCGUGGCAGUGGAGAGCCGCUUGCGCAUGUCAAGGCUAGCAACACACUCGGCAAGGGGGCGGCCCUGGAGAGGGGCGGCUUGAUCACCCAAUCAUCCCCGCGUCGGGGCUCCACAGGAUCCAGGGGCGCGCUACACGGAAGGGGUUCCUUCCCUCUACCACCCUCCACCUCUGAGAUCACCAACCCUACGGGAGCUCCCGCCUCUUUUCCAGCCCCCGGAGGACCUCCCGGGAGCCCGGGCCCCUGUGUACAAGUCUGAGGUGGAACAAAUUCUGUAGCCCAGACGACGGUUGGAGUGGGGACACGCCCAGCCCGAGAAGCCUGCCGGAGCUCCUGAGUCUCGGUGGAUCUAAGUCGGAGUGUAGCUGUCCCUAGGGGAGGCGAGAGCUCCAGAAACCACUCACGAAAAAAGAUGCCUGCCUUCAACAGAUUGCUUCCCCUAGCUUCUCUCGUGCUCAUCUACUGGGUCAGAGUCUGCUUCCCUGUGUGUGUGGAAGUACCCUCGGAGACGGAAGCCGUGCAGGGCAAUCCCAUGAAGCUGCGCUGCAUCUCCUGUAUGAAGAGGGAGGAGGUGGAGGCCACCACUGUGGUGGAAUGGUUCUACAGGCCUGAGGGCGGUAAAGAUUUCCUUAUAUAUGAGUAUCGAAAUGGCCACCAGGAGGUGGAGAGCCCCUUCCAAGGUCGUCUGCAGUGGAAUGGGAGCAAAGACCUGCAGGAUGUGUCCAUCACCGUGCUCAAUGUCACUCUGAACGACUCGGGCCUCUACACGUGCAAUGUGUCCAGGGAGUUCGAAUUUGAGGCACACAGGCCCUUUGUGAAGACCACGAGACUAAUACCCUUGAGAGUCACUGAAGAGGCGGGAGAAGACUUCACCUCUGUGGUCUCAGAAAUUAUGAUGUACAUCCUCCUGGUCUUCCUCACCUUGUGGCUGUUCAUUGAGAUGAUCUACUGCUACAGAAAGGUCUCCAAGGCUGAAGAGGCAGCCCAGGAAAAUGCGUCUGACUACCUUGCUAUCCCUUCAGAGAACAAGGAGAACUCGGUGGUCCCCGUGGAGGAAUAACGUGGUGUGACUUGAGGUGAUCUGAGCACUGAGGGACUGGAUAUUCCCAGUUCAGUGAUGUCAGCAGCAUCAGCAAGGUGCCCCAGGAGUCCCAGUGCAUCUGUCUUUCUAUUCAUCAACCACCCACCCAACUGUGAGAUUUUACCUGACUUCCAAGCUCUAUUGGAACUCUACACAUCUUGCCUGAACUGAAGAGCCAACAUCUCCGACAUGGACUAAACCUCACUCUGUCCUUGCUUUCAAGCAAGCAGCUCCCAACUCCACUAAAGUUGUCCCCUAUGCUCCAAAUGACUUUAGAUAAGUACUGGAGAGUAGUGUUCCCUCUGCCCAAACUGUCUGCAAUUGGGUCGUUCUCCACUGCUACAAAACGAAUGAUGUAUACCAGAAGGAAGCAUUGGUCAGUUUGGGUUAAAGCCGAAGCAUGCUGUGCGCUUAGAUUCACUGAAGUCAGUUUUUCCUAAGUCCAUGGCCUGCUUUGCAGAACACCAGAAAGCAGCAUGCCCCUCCAGGGUUUCCAGGAACAUCUUCCAUGUGGACUGGUCUGCUUUCCGGAGCUUAGUGUUUCAGGGCUAGAUCUCCAUAAUUCCAAAGGCCUGGAGCAAACCCAGAACUUCUAAGAAGCCAAGGAAGGAUCCAGGGUAAUUUCACUAGUUCUUGAAAGUGAUAUAACACACUCUUGAUAUUGGAAACAUGGCUGUGUGUCCUUUCUGGGUUGAAAUUGCUCAGUUGCUCUUUUCUCAGUGUCUGUGGAUCAGUAUUAUCCCUCAUUUUACAAGAGGCAGCUGAGACUCACACAGGGAUGAAUGGGACAGGCAGGGGAUUAAAGUGGCCUAGAGAUGAGAUUUCAAUGCUACCAACCUCGCAUUCCCUGAAAUGAGCAAUGUUUUUGAAGAUACUGACAUCCAGCUUGGCUAUAGCCAUGCAACUUGCCCAGCAGAGGCUAACUAGGAUUGAUUCAGGGAACUGGAAACCACACAAGAAAACACAGAGGGCAUGAGAUAGACCUGCAGAAUUUCCCACAAAGAUUUAUGAAUCUGAAGCAUCCUCCAGGAGACACAGCCUCUGAGGGUGAUAUCUAUAUAAACUAAGAUGUUUUAGUCUGAGACGGAUGAUGGUGGACAGAGUGACAAAGAUGGGUGUGUAGCUUCUAAAUACCUCGCCUGUAACCUGUAAUGUUUGGUAUCUGGUGUUUGUGUACCCCGCCCCCACCUCCCCAUCCCCGACCCAGGAGAGAAGACAAAAAGUGAGAAGAUCUUGGUCAACAUCUCAUGAUCUCAUUAUAAUGACUGUUCUAAGUGCAAUAUUCUUUAGCCCCUACAGAUAGCAAGGGCAGGAGGCCUUAAGGGAUAUAAAAGGAUGGAAGUGGGAUUCAAUAAGAGAAUGUCCCUCAGAUCUGGAGAGAUCUCUAAGAAAGACCAUUUUCCACUCCCACGGGGGUUUGUAUGACAAGCUCACUUGCUCACCCCCUUCAUCACUGGGGCAUACUUGAAACAAGACCCUCAACAUCUAUGAAAAGAGUCUACUUUUGUUGGAGAAAAUAUUCGCAAUAAAUUCAAGACCCUUCUUCUCACCAGUUAAUUUUCCACCCCAUGCUUCUGGAACAAAAGAGACAACAGAACAUUUUUUUUAUACUCUACAACUAGGGAAACAGACUUGAAUUAAUGCAGCAGAUACACAGCCAUGGGCUGCUUAGUCCAGACCUUGUGGUGUUAGCAAGCUGCGUCCUCCACUCUGCUGUCUGCUCAACCAUGCAUCUAACUCAUGACGAGGCGGUAUGUGUCACCUUUCCCCUUCACUCUUCUCUUCCUAAACAGAAUUCCAGCCUAGCUAUCAGGAUUCUGAGUGUUUAUAAUGAAGCUGAAUGACACCCAUCAUAUGUCCCUUACAAGAUAGUUUCUCUUCCCUGUUUUCUUUUCUACAAUCGCACGUCUUCUCAUCCUUGGUACCCUUUUUUUUUUUUUUUUUUGAACACCUAUAAGGCUUGAAAAGCAUUUGACUCAUUCUUUUCUCUCUCCUCCACCACUACUCCAGCGAUAUGAAUGCUGUUAAUGCUCAGCGUUACAAUGAAGAAACUGAGGUCUUCUGACAUCGAAUAGCUUUACCAAACCAUCAGGUCACCUAGCCUGCUGUACUCAGAGAGGGAGAAAUUCCAGUCUUCCCUCUCUUCACUCCCCAGUUAUACCAUCACUGCAUCUUCCCUCUCCCCCCUCUCCUUACCUUUCCCUCCCUCACUCCUGUCCAGCUCUUUCUUUUCUCAACUGUCCUACUCUUCAGCUUCUUGGUGGACGCCAGACACUUGCUUUGGGAGUCCAUCCCAUUCUAUUUGUAUCUGGUGUGUUUGUACAGGGUGGUUUGUCCAGAAUCACAACUGAACUUCCUUGUGGAAGAGCAGGACUAUAACCUACAAGGAACGGCAUGCACCAGCCUACUUAAAAUCAUUACUAGCUCCAUGUCUUCCCGAAUUUCGACUUAGAAUCCUAGACUAGAUGUGUGCAGCUCUGGAGUGUUUUCUGGUGUACUACUGCUUACUAAAGGGCUUAGAAGAGUUCUCAAGGGCUAUGAUCAUUUAGAAACCCCAUCGUUUGUCUUGGUGCUGGGUAUUUCCUAGGACUGACCCUCAGUCAUUCACUGGAGGUCACACUAGGCUGAUUCUGAUUUUCCCUUCCUUGCCGCCUAAAGGCUGUGGACUUAGCUACUCAACUCAGUUGGUCCAGAAAGCAUCUUGUCCUGUGACUUUUACUGUCCGCUGGGUCUUGAAUCAAGCCCCAGUUCCUGAGUGGAAAUACCCAGUGCUUGCUCCUAUCUCAGGCUUCACUUUCAGUCCAUUUAAGAGCCUUAUUCUUCGGUUUCUCCACCCUCAAAUAACUGUACACACGAGCUUUCUUUUGAGUUUCUGGGAUUGCUCUAGAUAUCAAACUGGAAUUAUCAGUACAAGAGGAAGUUUUCAGAAUAAGAUUGUGCUGGGAAAGACAGCAGUGGGGUUGAGAAAAGGGACAGGACUGAAGAGAUAGCUCACAAGGUAAUGUGCUCGCCACACAAAUGUGAGAACCCACGUGCGGCCUCCAGAACCCACGUAAACAGCCAGGCAUUAUCGCACACUCUAGUGCUCCCUGUGUCAGGGAGGAAGAGACAGGAAGGUCUGUAGGUAGGCCUCACUAACCAGGUCACCUGGCCUAGCUUACUUGGUGAGCUCCAGGCAGGGGAGAGAUCCCGUCUCAAAAACAAAAAAAAAACAAGAAAGUGGGCAGUGCCUGAGGAAUGAUACCCAAGGUUGACUUCUGGCCUGCACAUGUACAUGCACUCUAGUUAAGGCCCAUAUGCAUACAUGCAUAGACAUGCAUGCGCACGCACACAUGCACACACACACCUUCCUCUCACAUCUGUUUUAUAAAUGAGAAAGCCCUAGUUCUGUGAAUUCACCCAGUCACUGCAAAUGUAUCUAACUAAGUGUGCUUGCUCAUCAAUAGGAUCAUCGACUCACUACAUUAACACUUUGUGUCAAAUACUAGGUUAGGCUCUCAAUAGACGACCCCAGGAUCUUAGGUCUAUAAAAGUGUGUGUGUGUGUGUGUGUGUGUGUGUGUGUGUGUGUGUGUGUGUGUGUGUGUGUAUGCGCGCGCACGUAUACUUGGGCCUAGGCCCACGAUUCCAGGAAAGUCUCUGUUCAUGUCAAUAAAGUGUCUCUGAAGACCACA